AUUUCUAUGAAAUCGUAACUGUGCUCAACAUACACUGAUCAUAGACUAUAUAACCGAUUAUAACUGUAUUCCGGUCGAGGAAACCAACACACGCAAAAAUGGGUAAAGAAGCUAAUUUGAAUACUUAGCUAUUUAUAUAGUACACCACUAUGAAAACCGACUUGCGAGCGCAGCAUAUCAAACGAAUCGGAUACUGAAUUCAGUUCUAAAUCGGCUUUCAAAGCAAGCAGACGUGUUACGGAAAAAAAUCAGCGGUAAUCAUGGCUACAGAUAAUUUGACAGCCGUUCUCCACGGAAUCGAGGACCUGCGACUGGAGCAACGCCCGAUUCCGGAAAUUGCCGACGAUGAGGUACUCCUGGCGAUGGAUAGUGUGGGAAUCUGCGGCUCGGACGUUCACUAUCUGGCUCACGGGCGCAUCGGGGACUUUGUGCUGACCAAGCCGAUGAUCAUUGGCCACGAAGCCGCUGGACUGGUGGCCAAGCUGGGCAAGAAUGUGACCAACCUGAAGGUGGGCGACCGUGUUGCCAUCGAACCGGGUGUGCCCUGUCGCUACUGCUAUCACUGCAAGCAGGGCCAGUACAACCUGUGUGCCGACAUGGUCUUCUGCGCCACGCCUCCCUACGAUGGAAACCUGACCAGGUACUACAAGCAUGCCGCCGACUUCUGCUUCAAGCUGCCCGAUCACGUCAGCAUGGAGGAAGGAGCCCUCCUAGAACCCCUGUCCGUAGGAGUCCACGCCUGUCGUCGCGCAGGUGUCGGUCUGGGCUCCAAGGUGCUCAUCCUUGGCGCCGGUCCCAUUGGUUUAGUCACCCUGCUGGCUGCCCAAGCCAUGGGUGCUUCGGAGACCCUCAUCACCGACCUGGUGCAGGAGCGACUGGAUGUGGCCAAGGAGCUGGGCGCCACGCACACGCUGCUCCUGCAGCGGGAUCAGUCCGCCGAGGAGACCGUCAAGGUGGUUCACCAGACGAUGAGCGAGGUGCCGGACAAGUCCAUCGAUUGCUGCGGAGCCGAGAGCAGUGCCCGUCUGGCCAUCUUUGCCACCCGCUCUGGAGGUGUGGUGGUGGUGGUGGGCAUGGGUGCUCCGGAGGUCAAGCUGCCGCUGAUCAACGCCUUGGCCCGUGAGGUCGACAUCCGCGGAGUUUUCCGCUACUGCAAUGACUAUUCCGCCGCUUUGGCUCUGGUGGCUUCGGGCAAGGUGAAUGUGAAGCGUCUGGUGACGCACCACUUCGACAUCUCGGAGACGGCUCAGGCGUUCGAGACCUCCCGCCGCGGCACCGGCGGCGCUAUCAAGGUCAUGAUCCACGUCCAGCCGAGGGACGCCAACAACCCAGUAAAGUUCUAAAUAUACAGCCUUAUCUUUAAACCGAA